AGUGAGCUCGUGGACAACAUGUAUGACCCAGAAGCCGACCUCGCGGGUGUAGCAGCAGGCAGCAGAGGGGGUCCUGACAGCCCAGAAGACGACGCAGAGGAUGGCAUCAUCAGCAUGUCCCCUUUACCCUCACCGACUCCAUCCCAUCAAAACAACCACCACCACCACCACCUGCUGCACCCCCACCUCUACACAUCUCAUCACCUCCACAACAGCAGCAGCAGCAAUGACCAGGACUUCACCACACCCAAGGAAGGCUCACCCUAUGAGGCGCCCGUCUACAUUCCUGAUGACAUUCCUAUUCCCAAUGAACUGGAACUGCGGGAGUCCUCCGUGCCCGGUGCUGGCCUCGGCAUAUGGGCUAAAACCCGUAUUUGUACUGGCGAGAGGUUCGGUCUGCACAAUGCCAAGCAUCAUGGGCCCACAGGCAAAGACAACUCCUUUGGAUGGGAGAUGAUAAAUGACCAUGAAGAUAACUCCCCUGAUAGCUGCAUAAAAAAGGUGGUGGAUGAAAUGGGAAACGUGAAGUUUGCACUGAACACAGGCCCUGAUGCUCCCAGUAACAGCUGGCUCAAAUACGUACGCUCGGCCCUGUCAUUCGAGGAGCAGAACCUCGUUGCCUGUCACCUCACAGGAGACCAGGUUUAUUAUAAAGCUGUCCGGGACAUUGAAGCAGGGGAGGAGCUCUUGGUGUAUAUGAAGGACGGGAUUUUCCCGGAGGGAUCCAUGGCACCCAACCUACAAGACGAGCAAAUGUACCGCUGUGAAGACUGCGAUGAGCUGUUCUCCUCAACCCUGGAGCUUCGGCGACAUCAGAAGUAUUCGUGCUCCAGUUCCGGUUCCAUCUUUGAUGCACUGAGAGACGACUUUAAACAGGAACGUGAGGACAGUGACGAGCCUGUCCACGAGUGCAAAGACUGUGAGAAGAUCUUUCCAAAUGAGUACAGUUUGGGGCAACACAUGAUAGUUCAUACAGAGGAGAGAGAGUACAAGUGUGACCAAUGUCCUAAAGCCUUCAACUGGAAGUCCAACCUCAUCCGCCACCAGAUGUCACAUGACAGUGGCAAACGCUUUGAGUGUGAAAACUGUGAUAAGGUACAGCAAACCCGGCACGUGUUCACAGAUCCCAGCAACCUUCAACGUCACAUCCGCUCCCAGCAUGUGGGAGCACGCGCUCACACGUGUCCUGAAUGUGGCAAGACCUUUGCCACCUCAUCAGGCCUCAAGCAGCAUAAGCACAUCCACAGCAGUGUAAAACCCUUUAUCUGUGAGGUGUGCCACAAGUCCUACACUCAGUUCUCCAACCUCUGUCGUCACAAACGUAUGCAUGCCGACUGCCGUACUCAGAUCAAAUGUAAAGACUGUGGACAGUUGUUCAGCACCACCUCUUCCCUCAACAAGCAUCGGCGCUUUUGUGAGGGCAAAAACCAUUAUGGCUCUCCAGCAGGGAUGUUUAACCCUGGAAUUGCCAUGAGCUCUAGUCCAAUUAUGGCUAAAGCCAAGUCCCACCAUCCCCACCUUCCAGGUCUGAACCAGUCAGGUUUAGGCUUCACUGACUACUUUCCUUCAAGACCUCAUCCUCAUGCUGGCUUGCCCUUCUCCACAGGACCUCAUGGUUUCCCAUCUCUCCCACAUGGGUUCCCAGGUAUCUUUCCCCCAUCACUUUAUCCACGACCACCUUUAUUACCUGCUAGUCCAUCAUUAAAGAACCCACUGGGUGGCAGUGGUCAGGAGGUGAAGCUUCUUCGAAGUCAUUUAGAUGCCCCUCCACUGUCCCUUGUUAGCUCUACAAACAGCAAUGGAGUCAGUUGUUUGAGUCCACAGGAAGACAAGGAAAAGGAAAUCAAACUUGAUUUGUCUUCUAGCAGAGAAGCAAAGCCUAAGUCUAAAAUGACAGACAUGUCAGACGGUAGUGAUCUUGAAGAUGUUAAUACGACAAGUGGGACAGAUUUGGACACGACCACAGGUACUGCUUCAGGUGAUGGUUCUGACCUGGAGAGUGAAGGAGAGAGCGAACAUGGUAAAAGAAGGAAGCCAUCUGGCACGGUGUCGAGUCAAGAAGCAAAUCGGCUAGAAGAAACGAACAGUGCAUUAUUAUCAGCUGUGACUAGUUCAGGAACCCUUUCUGUAGAUCGCCCAUUUCUUGCUUCUGCACCAUCUCAGCACUCCUUCUUCCCUCCGCCUGAUGAGCAAGCCCUUCCACCCACCACGACAAAUGCCAAUGCAGCCACAACUGAUUCUAUCAAAGCCAUUGCUUCUAUUGCUGAGAAAUAUUUUGGUCCAGGUUUGAUUGGACUUCAUCAGGAGAAAAAGAUGGGUCCACUGCCCUACCAUUCUAUGUUUCCCUUUCAGUUUUUGCCCAACUUCCACAACUCCCUGUAUCCCUUUAGCACUGAUCGAGGCACCCUCAAUCCCAGUGUAUUCCUGAAGGCUGAACCCAAGUCUCCCCGUGAGCAGCUCCAGAAGCUGGUUUCAAGUUCCCCUACAGCUCCUGCUCCUACAGCAGAGUCUCCAUUUGAUCUCACCACAAAACCCAAAGAGGCCAAGUUAACUCCCCCAACCCCAACAAACCCCUCAGUUUCCAGCAGCACUGGGAACAAUAUUGGACCUGUAGCAAUAUCCAGCAGUGAAGAACAGCCACUUGACCUCAGCAUUGGCAGCAGGAGUCGUGGGGGUCAAAAUGGUCUGCCAGCUGAGCUGCAAAAUCGAAAGAAUCACUUGUAUGGAGCAGGAAAGGGAGUCACCCAUAAGGAAGAAAGCUCAGGUGGUUUUCCACACCCCCAUUCACAGUUGUUGCACCAAUCCUCUAUACCCCAACACCAGCAGCCACAAUCACAGCCACACCAGCCACCACUCCUGCACUACGCCAAGCCCUCAGCAUUCUUCAUGGAUCCCAUCUACAGCAGGGUGGAGAAGAGGAAGCUACUUGACCCAGUUGGAGCUCUGAAGGAGAAAUUCCCUAGGCCCUCAAUAUCACUCUUCCAUCCACAGAUGUCAGCCAUGGAAAACAUGACAGAAAAGCUGGAGAGCUUUGGCGCUCUCAAACUGGACGGACCGCCCAAUUCGCUGCAACAUUCGACCCAUCCACUGUUCAACUUCCGCUCACCACCUCCUUCCCUCUCAGACGCAAUCCUUCGAAAAGGCAAGGAACGUUACGCGUGCAGGUACUGUGGGAAGAUAUUCCCCCGUUCAGCAAACCUCACCAGACAUUUGCGAACACACACAGGGGAACAACCCUACAGGUGUAAAUACUGUGACCGAUCAUUCAGCAUUUCAUCCAAUCUUCAACGUCAUGUCCGCAACAUCCAUAACAAGGAGAAGCCCUUCAAGUGUCACCUCUGCAACCGCUGCUUCGGUCAGCAAACCAACCUCGACCGCCAUCUCAAAAAGCAUGAGCACGAGAACAUUCCUGUGAGUCAGCAGUCUGGGAUGCUUUCCAACCUAGGAACCACCAUCUCCUCUCCAAACUCCGAGCCAGACAAUCAUGCACUUUUAGAUGAGAAGGAGGACUCUUACUUCUCAGAAAUUCGGAACUUCAUUUCCAACAGUGAGAUGAACCAGGCCUCCAGUUCCAUGGAUAAAAGGUCAGACCAGCCUGAGGAGGAGCGCCCUCCCAGCCACAGUUUGUCCAACUCCAAGCUAGGGCUUCAAGGGCUGGAGGAAGAGGAAGAGGAAGUGGAAGGGGACGAUGAGGAGGAGGAAGAAGGCAGCCUGACGGAGAAGUCCCAUGAUGAGGCGCCAGAGUCCCCGUCUCCUGUAACAACAGGGGUGUACGAGGAGGAUGAGGAAGAGGAAGACACUGAGACGGCUCCGUUAGCUAUGAGCUAUGAACACACUCGCCGGCUUAUGCAAUGAUGCUGUCUCUCUCAGAGAACAACCCUUUGCACGCG